CUGUAAUUGUUUUUGAUGUAACAUGGCUAGAAAUCGCUUAGUCGUCCUAGUUAUACUGGUAUGUCCAGCAGUGGUCAGUUGCUUCAUACAAUGCACAGAUGAUGAGAUAUUUUGUAUAAGUACUGGACAGUGCAUUAAACAGAAUUCAGAUUGUUUCAAACAAAACAAGAACAUAGUUGGUGGUUGCCAGCAGGACGAAGUAUUUUGUCUAGAAACAGGCAAGUGCAUCAAAGUUGAAAAGUCGUGUUCGGAUGGUAAGACAAUUCACCAGUGUGCUGACGACGAACAAUUCUGUCUAUUUGCUGGUAAAUGCGUAAAAAGGGAGGUUAAUUGUUUCCCAGCGACCUCAGAUAUAUGUCCGUUCGGUACCACAAAAUGUCUACAAACUGGUGAGUGUAAAGUAAUAGAGCAUACAUUUUGUGAUCAGGACAAAAGCUCCAAGAGUAUUAUGUGUUUAGAUCAUGAAGUAUUUUGUUUGCAGAAAGGUCAGUGUGUAUCCACUACUGAUAUUUCUUGCAAAAAAGACGCAGAUGAAGAUGAAAACCAAAUAUGUCCAGAAGGUACAACAAAAUGUCUUCGAACGGGUGAGUGUAUUGACAGGAACAGCAACUGCAACAAUGAUCAGUCACAUUCGACUCUCAUGUGCAAUGAUAAAGAAGUGCUUUGUCUCAACUCUGAACAGUGCAGACCAAAAGAAAACUCAUGUGUAACAAACAAUGAAGGUACGUCAUGUCCAGAGGGCACUGUAUAUUGUCUCCUAUCUGGAAUGUGUAUUAAUUUACACAGAAAUUGUAACGACCAAAGUAAACAGUGUUCUGAGAACGAGGUAUUUUGUCUUGAAAGGGGUUAUUGUAUAGAAAAGGAAGCACUUUGCGACCCUAGUCCUAGUGAGAGCAAUGACGAUUCAAUCUAUCAAUGCAAAACUAAUGAAAUUUUCUGUAUCCAUUCAGGCCAUUGCAUACCAAAAGACAUGACCUGUGACUUUCAGCCUGGCGAAGGAACUAACCACCAAUGUAAUGAGGACGAAAUAUUUUGUCUACAGAGGGGCAUAUGUGUAGCAAGGGAAAAGACAUGUGACUACAAUACUGACACAGUCACAAGCGAUCAAUGUAACGAAGGAGAAUUAUUUUGCCUUAAUGAAGGAAAAUGUGUAUCAAAAGAAAAUAUCUGUGACUCUCCGUCUAUCGGUGAUCAUUCAAGCCAUCAGUGCAGAGGAGAUGAAAUGUUUUGUUUACAAAGAGAACAGUGUGUUCCUAAGCUACCAGAAUGUAAUCAAGAAUUGGAUGAUGACCAAGUCACCAUAUGUCCUACUGGAAAAAUCAAAUGUUUACAAACUGGUAAAUGCGUUAGCAUUUGUCAUGAGGGUUUCAUCGAUUCGUCGAACACAGGAUCAUGUCCUAAUGGUCAUGUCAAAUGUUUGUUAACAGGGGAGUGCGUUAGGCUUUCGGAACAGCCAAGUGUAUGUGAGAGUAUAGAAUUUAAUACCAGGAAUUGUCCACCAGACCAAAUAAUGUGCCUUCUAACUGGAAAAUGUGUUCCGAAUUCCAAAAUAUGUGACAACACUGCAACUAGUACCGGGUCGAAUACUUGUCAUGACGGCGAAAUGAUGUGCUUACAAAGUGGUAAAUGUGUUUCAGCAACAAGUGGUUGUAAAGCUGUAAUAGAAGAUGCAACUACGUCAACGUCAGACUACAACAGACUUUCAACAACGGAGAGCUCUGACUUUACAGCUACAGGAAAUACACAAUCAACAAAUUAUGGCGUGUCUGUUACACAAGAAAACAACUCCUCAAUGAGUGGAUGGAACGCAACACAUUCUGAAAUACCAUCUUUGGAGACAACAACUUGGACAAUGACAACCACUGAUCCAGUUCUUCCAAUCACUGAUGUGUAUCACAAACUGCUACCAGAGCCUUUGUUCCUAUACGAGGAUUACCUCUUUAUAGUUAAUGAUACAUUAGGAGAAUAUGGCAUCGAGUCUGAAAUGAAAAUCAAUUGUACAGACAAUGUGAAAUUACAAAAUUCUACAGGUGAUUCCUUGAUAACCGCAGGUACGCCAGUUACCACUCAAAGAUAUGUGAUAUUGACUUUGAUAUCAGGAGGAGACGGCUUGUGUAGGAUACAUUCACAAGAUAAACCGAGAUCAGUUUACUUUAUGUAUAUCAAAAUGAUCGAGGAACUAUAUAAAGCAGAUGUUGACUUUGCUAUGACGGAAGUGGAGAUAGAAGAGGACACACAUUUCCUUUAUUUCACAGAUUGGAAAAUGUGGUACAAUAUCACUAUCAAUGACGACGCUGUAGACAUCUCAACGUUUGCACUGACAAAUGAAUCACGAAAAGAGUUUGUUGAUACAUAUAAGGAAAAACUUUUUCAACAUCACAUCUUGCAUGGUAUCAACAGUCAUCUGAAGCUUCAACAAGUGCCUUUGAAUGAAUACGGCGUCCCUGUUGCAAUCUUGGAAGUACAUGAUGGGUCCAAAUGGACCCCAUACGUAAUGAAGUAUACGAGUGUCGAUAUAAUAAAGCACAAUUAUAGAAUAAAAUUUACAGAGUCAUGUAACUGCCAGUUUAAUGUAGAAUUGUUACAUCCAGGAGCUACAUCUGACAACGAUCUGAUGGUUAUCAAGGUCAUGGCUGUAAACGACGCCCCAGUUCUUACAGAUAGAGCAAUAUUGAGAUACAAUGAAUUAGUCGAGACUUAUCUUUUAUACCCGUAUGUACACCUAGAUGCAGACUUUAGGAUUUCAGAUAUAGUUCCACAUUUUUAUUCCGAUGAAGAUGAGCAUGGUAUUAUAGGAACUGCAGUUAUAGGACAGAUAUCUGACAAAAUAGGAAAAUGGAUGUUUUUGCACAACAGCUCAUGGACUUCAUUUCCAUAUAUUGACAAAUCAGAUUUACCCGGCAGAUCAAACAUAAAUGUUCAUCUUCUAGUUCCGGAUGAUAUUAUAAGAUUUGUCCCUUAUAACAGCUCAUAUCUUUGGACCAGACACGAGGCAAUAGCAUAUACCAGAUUAUACCUUCUUGGGUGGGACAUGAGUAAUUCAAAUAAUGAAACAAGCGUAACAGAUAGUGUGGACAUUCAUAAGUGUCAUGGUGUUCAUAAUAAGAUAUGUGGACCUGGCGGGAAAUCAGCAUUUGGAAGAGAUGUUAUCGCACUCUACAUAAACAGAGUUGGAUGUGAUGGUAUGGCGUCAUCAUUGAUGUCUGCAGACAGUUGUGGAAUUUGUGGAGGACAUGAUGACUGCAUUGAUUGUACAGGAACACCUAAUGGAGGUGCAUCGUAUGAUAUGUGCAGAGAUUGUACAGGUGGAAGUAGCAAUAUACCAUACGGACACCACCUUGACUGCAACCAUGAAUGCGGCAAUAAUUAUUACGAACAACGAUUACAAAUGUGUGUCAGAAACGGAACAGAUGUACACGGACUGUUGACUAUGAUGUCCUGUGAUAGUAUGCUAAACAGCGGUGCCUACAUUAACAAAUGCGGACAUUGUGUAUCUGGUAAUACUUCAUUACCUAGUAAUCAUGGAGAAGAUGUGUGUGGUGUCUGUAACGGUGAUGGUACAUCCUGUUUGGAUUGUGAUGGUGUUGUUAAUGGCAACAAAAAGGAAGACUUUUGCGGACAAUGUUUGCAUCCGUCGGACAGUAAUUAUAAUAAAGGCUGCAUGAAGUUAGGAUCAGUAUCCCCAAAUUACCUUCGAAACUUUGAUAAUCAUACAUUGCAUGUUGUUGGUGUAAAGUUGGACAUGUUCUCAACUGUAGAGUGUUCCCUACACAAACAUAACGACAUAACCUUGAGUGUACUUAGCUUUGAUAACACAACAAGUACCAUUGAACUACAGACACCAGAUCUGUUAGGAACCAGAGGAGAAUACAAUAUAUCAUGCCUGUUUGAUAGCAAUACCACUUUGGUUCUGGAGAAUGAACUCACAAUAUAUCAAUAUCCACAUAUUAGAUCUAUCACUCCUGACUCCAUGGUUAUUGGCGAUAUGGUAAAGGUGAAUAUCACAACAGACGGUGUGGUAGAUACAGGGUUUACACAGUGUAUAUUAUUAUGUCCGUUCAGAAGUCCGGAAAUUGGUUGUUACACAGCAUCAGGAUUUUCUAAAGUCCAUAUCCCUAUUGUUUUGCUGAACUCAAAAACAGUCCAGUGCGAUUUAAGUCAGUUGCGAUAUUUCACUCGGGCUAAAGCCUACAAAAUAUUAGUUGCAGUAGAACAAAAAGAGAUUUUGGAUCUAUCAAGGUUGCAGUCUUCAGACUUUAUCAUCAGAGCCGAGGCUCCAGUUAUACAAGCUGCCAUAUUUGAUAGAAGUUUUUGUUACUUCAGUAUUAUAUUCAAUAGAGAUAUAACUGGACCAAAUGAAUGCAGCGAUAUAUUCCAUUUGGAUACUUAUAAUUUAUUAGGAACAGAUCCACAUUGUAUAACUGUUGGUAAGAGAGUACUUGUAGACCUUGGCAGAGAUAAUACUCUACGACCAGGUCAUACCAUAACAUUAAAAACAUCAGCAAUAUACCGCAUUGGAGCAAUGCAACAGUAUGCAAAGUUCGCUACAGGAAGUACAAAUAUAAGCACACCAGUAAAUGCGAUGCAUCCCGAGUUUUCCCUGACUGGACCAUCAGUAGUUGGACGUUGCGAAUCAUUUAAUGUGGUACUGAAACAGACAAAUAGUGGCUGUAUAAAAUUAAGAUCUCAUUGGUCCAUUCAGGCCAAUCAAGUUUUAGCGCCUGGAAAUACUUCUUGGGACAACUCUACCUCUUUUACUUCCCUUAUGCAUAAAGUCAAUUCACUGAAAAAUAGUCCUAGGAUGUUAGCAAUACACCAUGAUGAGAUACAACCUGGGGAAAAUGUUGAAUUCAGUGUAACUGUUGAAGAUGAUUUAAAUGGCUUAUCAUACGUUGCCAGACACAAUGUUUCCCGAGAGAUGACCAUGAACCCUCUAUCUGUAUCUUUAAUGUUACUUGGCAAUACAGCUCAUGUUGACCCUGCCAAUAUAAUACGUUUCUAUGCCACAGCCAAAGUACCAGAAUGUUACAACUUGACGGAGGAAAUCGUUAAAUUUAGUUGGCAAAGUGGAACCUCCGAUUUUAGUUUGUCAGUAUUUAAUGACAAGCCAAUAUCAGCAAUCAGACCGAACACAUUGCGAGGUGGCAGCAUGUAUACAGUUACAAUAAAUGCAUUCUUUGAAGACGACCCUACGGCGGAAGCUGUUGAUUUUGUAACGUUCCAUACAAUCAGUAAACCAUUGGCUGUUACCAUCGAUGGCGGUGACUUCAUGGUAUUUGCUACUCACCAGGAAGUCGUGCUUGAUGCUGGCAUUUCACAGGAUCCUGAUAGACAGAACUUACCCAAGUUCUUUACUUGGACAUGCGAAUAUGAAAAUGGUUAUCCCUGUUUAAUACUACAUGGAAAUGAUACUGUUCAUAUGUCAUCAGUGUUUACAUUCAAUGAGAGGAUUGUAAUACCAGCCAAUACAUUAGCUGUUGGCGACAAAAUGAUGUGGAUAGUUACGAUGACGGUCGGUCAACGUACGGGUAAUUUCACGACAACUGUAGAAAUUGUAAAUGUCUUUCCACCAUCAUUAGUUUUACAACUCACAAAUAUUAUAGUAAACCCUGGAGAUAAACUUAGAAUUCCGUGUGCAGUUACGUCUCAUGGUCCAGUUAUGAUGAUGUGGUCUUCCUCAUCCGAUAAUGGUUUUGAUUCAAUCGAUCUUUCAACUAUACUUCCUUCUGAGUCAAUACUUCAAGAAUCAACAGAAUCGGUAACAAACAAGGACUUUUCCUUGUUCCUUGACUUGUCUGGCAUUGCCACGCUACCAGCAGGAGCUACAUUUGUAUUUAUUGUAACAGCGUUUGCCCUAGAUAACGAACAGAGUAGUACCCAGAGGGUUCAUGUUACAGUUAAUUCGCCACCAACAACUGGCGAUAUCCAGAUAAGCCCGUCUAAUGGAACAUCAAUGACCACAGAUUUUACUAUAGAUGUAGGCGAUGGUUGGACUGAUAUAGAUGGAGAUAGUACGGUAUUCUUUUUCUCUGUGAAGGAAUCUAAUCUCGGCAGAAUACGUCUGAACGCCAGGGGUCUAUCUGACGUAUACAGCUAUAUGUUUAAAUUGACGGAAGGUAUUUAUGACGUUAUAGUUGAACUAUGCGAUACAUAUGGAGCAUGUUCGAAUGUAAAUUUAAAGGCAGCUAUUACUGUGUUGGGCAAGACUUUUACUGAAGCAGAAAUUGACCAAGCUGCCGCGUCAAUAACAGCAACUCUCAAAACAGAUAUGAAUGCAGCUAUAAGAAUGGCUAUGACAAUGUCCAGUCUCCUUGUAUCUGAUGACCAGAACAGCACUGGUUCUGUUUCCCUUGUUAUCAAUGAAGUAGCUACCAGUUUAUUUAUUUCUGUGGUUGCAGCCAUUGAUCCAGCUGACGCUACAUCUGUUUUAGAUUCUGCUAAUAACAUGCUACAGCGAUUGGCUGACACUGGUGGGUUGGCACACACCGUGAUCACUGAGAGUCAAUCAUUAGCUUCUAGUUUAGCUGCAUAUGUCACAACAGGAACAGACCAAACGAGAAGGCGAAAAAAGAGGACUACUACAGUGAUCGUUACUCCGUUGCCAAUUAAUGAUGCAGCAAUUCUAUUAACAACGUAUAGUGCCACAUACUCACAACAGUCUGAAGACAGUAUAUCCACCAAUUCUGCCACAGAUUAUCAUCAAGCUUUAGACAAUAUUUUCAUAGGAUUGUGUGCCACGGUGGCAUAUGCUGAGGAUCCCGUAGUUAUAUCAUCAGAAUUAUCGACAAUCAACAUCGACAAACGAGUUACAGAUAAUACUGCAUCUUUAGUCUAUGAUGUUACAUGCAAGAACUGCACAUCAUUUAUAACACAUCCGGCUGAAGUGACAUAUGGGAUAUCAAUUCAGAAUAAAUAUGAAAGCUGGGAUUGUUCACCGUACUUAAGUUGUUAUGGAGCAUGCUUUAUCACUGCACAACUAACAAAGGAUUUAGUAACACCAACGUCCCCUUCUGAAAUGAGUUUAACCAAUCGAGUGCGCCGUAGCGACAUUAUAAUUCUAAAAGUUAUAAAUCCUGUUGAAAAUUCUAUAUUGACUGUUGGUAAUCUUGACACACCGAUAACAAUAACUAUCAGAGUGGACGGGGAUGUAAAUACCACAGCUUAUAGUUUGCAGUGUUUAUUUUGGAACCAUGCCAGCUGGACGAACAGUACCUGUACAGCAAGUUCUCCACAUAUGAUAGAAUUAGUGACAGCCGUCACCUGUUCAUGUGAUACUAUGGGCUAUAUUGCAGUAUUUGAAGGACCACCCAUAAUUGAAACCAUCAUCUUAACCUCAACUGAAAGUUCAAUGGAAACGGAGACGGUUCCUGUGCACGAAGAAACAACAGAAACAAUUAUUUCGAUUCCCUCGUCAGCAGAAGCAGUUCAAGUGUCUUUCACCAUUGAUACAGACUAUGCCAUUAUUGUUGAUCACGUGCAAUUUAGAAAUGAAAUCAAGCAAAAACUUGCUGACACCAUGCACGUUAUGGUUAAACGGAUAACAUAUCUAAGCGUAGAAUCAGGAAGUAUUAUUGUAACGUUUAAGGUUGAACAUGGAAGCAUAUCAGAGACAACUCUACAGGUAGCCGUUGAAAAACUACUGGCUGCAAUCAUGUCUAACAGUUUGGCCAUCACCAAUCAUCACGGUGGACCUCUUAAAAUCAUCAAAGCUUCCUUUACUUAUGAAGUGGUAGAUAAAGACCCAGUUCCAGAGGAAGAAAAUCCUUCAACUCUGUACAUCAUACUCGGUUGUGUUGGAGCAUUACUGGUCAUCGCUGUAGUCGUUAUUGCUGUACUGCUUCACAAAAUGAAGAAAGACCACACUGCGGUGUCCACUUCUCCACCACCGCCAUAUGGUCCCCAGAUGCAUGGUGUUGAUGUUCCAAGGCCAGUUAGUAGUGGAAGCAAGAAAUUUCUUGUCCAAGAACGAACCAAUGCAAAGACAAAACCUAGUAAUGAUAAUAAGCACGGAUAUGGUAAAAUGUAUGACACUGGUCAUGGAUCGGCAAUGAAAGAUGUUGAUAUUGUUGCCAUAGAGAAAGGUGCGGGAAUACAAGGAGGAGCGUAUGGUCAACCUGGUGAAAAGUGGACGGAAAUAGAGAUUCGCCCGCACAGUAAACCAGGUUCGGCUACCUCAGUACCAGGUCCACCUAACUAUUUACCUCCAAUUACAGGCUGAUAGGCAUAAUACCUGCUAUGUAUCGACGCUUUCAAUCUCCGUAAGACAACAUAAAAGCUACUAUA